AUGGAUGUUGAAUACCAAGCUAUUAUGAAAAAUAAUACUUGGAAAUUGGUUCCACAUGAAUCGGGCAUAACUAUAAUUGCAAGAAAAUGGGUGUAUCGGGUGAAGACAAAGAGUGAUGGCUCAAUUAAAAGGAAUAAGGUACGGCAUGUUGCUAAAGGGUUCAACCAGCAAUUAGGACUUGACUUCAGUGACACUUUCAGCCCAGUUGUGAAGGCAGCCACAAUUCGCACUAUUCGGGCGAUUGCAGUGCCACGCUUUUGGAAGUCAACAUCAAGGCUCAUCAUCUUGUUGCUAUACAUCGACGAUAUCAUUUUAACAGGAAAUGGAAUUACAUUCAAGCCAAGUUCACUCAAUCUCAUUGGUGCUUAUACUGAUGCGGAUUGGGCUGGUUGCCCUAACACAAGACACUCCACUAGUGGAUUCUGCACAUAUCUUGGUGACAACUUAAUCUCUUGGUCAUCCAAGAAGCAGCCCACUAUGUCAAAAUCAAGCACUGAAGCAGAAUGCAACUCGCUAGCUGUUACUUUAUCUGAACUACUAUGGAUAUCCUAUCUCUUAAAGGAUUUGAAGGUGCUAAUAACAAAACCAUUACUGGUUUAUUGUGACAACUUAUCCACUACUCAAAUGGCAGUGAACUCAUCAGUUCUUCAUGCUAGGACAAAGCAUAUAGAGGUCGACUAUCAUUUUGUAAGGGAUUUAGUGGUCACAAACAAGGUUCAAGUGAAGUUUGUCUGCUUCGAGACUCAAGUUGUAGAUAUAUUUACAAAAGGUAUCUUCUCUAUUAAAUCUGUCUGGGAAGAAAAUAGAGAAAAAUAUCAGAAAGUGAGUUGGUUUUCUCUUAUAUGGAACUCAUCUAACCAACCAAGACAAGAUGUUUUUGCUUGGCGGUUAGUUCAAAAUAGAUUACCAACAGAUGAAAAUGUGUCUCGUCGUGGAGUGCAAAUGGCUUCUCGGUGCAGUUUGUGUGGUAAAUAUGCAGAAUCAAUGUCUCACUUAUUUUAUAACUGUGAAUUUGCUCGUAGUUUGUGGAGAGCUUUCUGUGAAGACUUCGAUGUGCAACGGAAACCUUAUAUGGACAUGCCUACUCUUAUUGCUUGGUGGAAACAAACAGCAAAGAGUCUCCAUUUUAAAAAGGUGUGGAUUAGUGGCUUCUCCCUGGUUCCUAGUGUCAUAUGGCAGGAAAGGAAUGCAAGAAUUUUUGAGGGGGUCUCGAAAUCAUCUAGACACUGUUUUGCCAUGAUUAAAAGUGAAAUCAGCUUCCAGAUGACCGCUACUACAGGGUCUCCUCUUUCAUUUAGCUCCUUAUUGUGUGCCAAACAAUUGGGAAUCUCUAGGGUGCGAUACAAACCAAGAGAGGUAAUGGAAAUUUUUUGGUGUCCUCCCCAAAGGGGAUGGGUGAAGCUAAACUCAGAUGGCUGCUCUUUGGGAAAUCCAGGAAAAGCAGGUGCGGGUGGAAUAUUUCGGAAUGAAAAUUUGGAAAUAUUACAGUCUUUCAGAACUUUUCUUGGUGUCCACACAAAUUUUGAAACUGAGAUGAUAGCUGUUAUUACUGGCCUAGAAUUUGCUAGAGAUAUGGGUAUCACUCAUUUGUGGAUUGAGUGUUACUCAGUAGCUGUAGUUUUGCUUAUAUCGAAGGGAAGAAUCCCUUGGGUUUGUCUUCAGAGAAAUGAAGGGUUGGAUCAUAUGGUAGGGAGAAGAGAGCUCAGAGAGAGAGAGAGAGAGAUGGAAGUGCAGCAACAGCAACAACAACAGAUCGGGAGGGACUCUUCAUCAUGGGGAAGAGGAAGCAACCGCAUAGCCCAUGUGGAGGAGAUGUCCUCGCCCUCCUUUCCUCCAAGUGAAGACAAGAAAUUCCAUGAACAAGAUGAUCCUGCUUCCAAGAAACCUCGCUGGAAAGAGUUCUUGACCUUUGUUGGUCCUGGUUUCCUCGUCUCUAUAGCUUAUCUUGACCCAGGCAACUUGGAAACCGACCUCCAAUCGGGAGCUAAUCAUAGAUAUGAGCUAUUAUGGGUCGUCCUCAUUGGGUUGCUGUUUGUUUUCAUAAUCCAAUCACUGGCUGCCAAUCUGGGGGUAACAACUGGCAAACACUUGUCAGAGCUAUGUAAGUUAGAAUACCCCAAAUACGUGACUUAUUGCCUAUGGUUUCUGGCAGAGAUUGGAGCUAUUGCUGCCGAUAUUCCUGAAGUGAUUGGAACAGCAUUUGCACUCAACAUAUUGUUCCACAUCCCAACAUGGGCAGGAGUUCUCAUAACUGGCUCCAGCGCUCUCUUGCUUCUGGGUCUACAGAGAUAUGGGGUUCGGAAGCUGGAAAUGUUGAUUGCAUUACUUAUAUUUGUGAUGGCGGCAUGUUAUUUCGCGGAAUUAAGUUACGUAAAACCACCUGCUUCAAAGGUCUUAGAAGGAAUGUUCAUCCCCAAGCUCAGUGGUGGUGCUACCGGUGAUGCUAUCGCACUAUUGGGUGCCAUUUUAUCGCCGCCUAAUCUCUUUCUCCACUCUGCUCUAGUCCUCUCAAGGAAGAUACCACCAUAUGCCAGUAGCAUCAAUGAUGCCUGUAGGUUCUACAUGAUAGAGACCGGAUUCGCGCUAUUCAUAGCAUUUCUAAUCAAUGUCACAAUGGUUAUAGUAUCAGGAACUGUUUGCUUUGCUGACAACCUUUCCCAGCAGGAUCUUGAUAGAUGCAACAAUCUCACACUUGAUUCUGCUUCUUUCCUUCUAAAGAAUGCAUUAGGGAAAUCAAGUUCCACCAUUUAUGCCAUUGCAUUACUAGCUUCAGGACAGAGUUCUACCAUUACUGGUACUUAUGCUGGACAAUUUAUCAUGCAGGGAUUCUUAAACCUUAAGAUGAAGAACUGGAAGAGGAAUUUGGUGACCCGGACCAUUGCAAUUGCACCUAGCUUGAUUGUAUCCAUCAUUGGUGGCUCUUCCGGGGCAGGACGAUUGAUCAUCGUAGCUUCGAUGAUGCUAUCCUUUCAGCUCCCAUUUGCUCUCAUUCCUCUCCUCAAGUUCAGUGGCAGUGCUAACAAGAUGGGGCCACACAAGAACUCUUUCUUUAUCAUAGUAAUCACUUGGAUCAUGGUGUUAUGCACCAUAGGGAUCAACAGCUAUUACUUGAGUACAAGCUAUGUAGAUUGGCUGACCCACAACAAUCUACCAAAAGUUGGAAAUGUAUUUAUUGGUAUCUUUGUUUUCCCUCUCAUGGUCAUAUACAUUCUCUCUCUCUUCUACUUAACAUUCCGGAAAGAUACAGUAGUGACUUUCAUAGAUGCACCUGAGCUGGAUCAUAAUGUCCAGACCCAAAUGGAGAAGGGAUUAGAUGGAGCUGAUGAUGUCAAUGCAUCAAAUGGUGUUGUUUACAGAGAGGAUCUUGCAGAUAUUAGAUUACCAGAGUGAAUAAGGAAGUUCAUAUAUGCACUUGGGGUGGAGAGGAUCCUUAAUACAUCUAAAGAUGUUAUGGAGGUGGAACAG